AUGGAACCCACAGCGAUCGUGGAUCACGAGGCAGUCGCAGGUCGCGGCGCGUUGCCGUCCUCGCUGCCACCUGAGGUCGCCACGCUGGUGGACCAGCUCGGGCUGUCGCCCCACCCAGAAGGCGGCUUCUACAAGGAGACCUUCCGGGACGCCAGAGCCGUCGCCGACGGCCGCGCGGCAUCAACCGCCAUCCUGUACCUGCUGCCGCGCGGCGCCAAGUCGAAGCUGCACCGGCUGGAUGCGAGCGAGUGCUGGCACUCGUACCUGGGCGGCCCCAUCACCAUUGUGGAGCUCAACCCAACUGACAGCAUUGGCAGCAACGCUCGCGGCACCCGCACCACAACCCUGGGCCGCGACCUGGCAGCCGGCCAGAAGCUGCAGCACGUGGUGCCGCCUGGCACCUGGUUUGGUGCGGCGCCGUGCGAGGGCACCGAGUACGCCCUUGUCGGCUGCACAGUGGCACCAGGCUUUGAAUUCAGCACGUUUGAGAUGGGGGACGAGGGCGCGCUGCUUUCCGAGUUCCCAGAUGCAGCGCCCUGGAUCGAAAAGCUCAUGGCUGACUAG